ACUCACACCAAUAUCUAUUUAACACCAUUGUACAAUGGCAAGAGACAAUACAUUUCCAUUCAUAUCCACAUCAGCAAAACACCAUUCCCAAUACAACUUACUAUCCCCAUUACCUACCAACCAUUGCAUUUGCCCUUAGUCAUCUAUGGGGUGCAAACAGUCCUCAUCAUUACUGGUUCCGUGGACUUUGGCUACUUGCCAUUUCUCAAAAAAACACCCCAAUUUCCCUACCCCUAUGAAUACUUGAAACAAAUAACAGUCCUUAGUCAGUUAGUUGCUAACUUCUCCGGCCCAUUGCGCCAGAAAAUGGGCCUCAGCUUUCUUAACUUGGUAUAUCAGUCUCUUCUGUUUUUUAAGCAAAUAAGCGCUUACACAAGGCCCAGCCUAGGAGCGGAAACACUCGAAAGCAUUCAGGCCGAGACCGAAAAAUGGCCGAGUCCUGCAUCUUUGGGAAGUGACCGCAGUUUCUGAUUGUCCCUCUCCCUCUUUCUCUUCUUCCUCGGAUACAUACAGGAUAUUGGCAAAUGCGACAGUGAUUGUUAGGGGAAAAAAAAGAAAAAGAGAGCAGAAUGAACAAGGAGAAGUACGGAGCAAGUGGGUACUUUGGAGUCUGUGCCUUAGGAGGCAUGCUCAGCGCUGGAAUCACCCAUCUUGUCAUCACUCCACUUGAUGUCCUCAAAGUAAACAUGCAGGUGAACCCCGUGAAGUAUCAGACAAUAUACUUGUGCUUUAGUACCCUGUUGAAAGAGCAAGGCCCUUCUGCUUUUUGGAGAGGUUGGGCUGGCAAGUUCUUUGGUUAUGGUGCUCAAGGUGGUUGCAGAUUUGGUUUGUAUGAAUACUUCAAGAGCGUCUACUCCAAUGUAUUGAUGGACUGCAAUAGGAGUUCUAUUUUCUUUGUUAGUAGUGCCUCUGCUGAAGUCUUCGCCAGUCUGGCUCUCUGCCCUUUUGAGGCCAUUAAAGUCCGUGUUCAAGCGCAACCCCAUUUCGCAAAAGGAUUGACUGAUGGCUUUCCAAAGCUUUAUGCUUCAGAAGGACUCCAUGGUUUCUACAGAGGUGUUGUACCGCUUUUGGCUCGAAACCUUCCAUGUAAUUUCUCCAUGGUUAUGUUCUCAACAUUUGAGCAUUCAGUCGAUUUUCUGCAUCACAAUGUUGUACAAAGAAGGAAGGAGGAUUGCUCAAAAGCUCAACAACUUGGGAUAACAUGUUUAGCUGGCUAUGUGGCUGGAUCUGUCGGUAGCAUUAUCUCUAAUCCCGCUGACAACAUUGUCGCCUGCCUUUACACAAAAAGGGUCGAUAGUCUCAUCUUGGCUGUCAAGAAAAUUGGAUUCUUUGAUUUGUUUACCAGAAGCCUUCCCAUAAGGAUAAUGCUUGUUGGACCUGUUGUGACCUUGCAAUGGUUACUCUUUGACACAAUUAAAGUGUUAAGUGGAUUGCCAACCAGUGGAGAAAUUAUUCACACUGCGGAAGCUGAUAGAGCAGACUAAGUUGGUGGAAUUCGAUUCAGACAACUGUAGACAUUGAAGGGAGGGCCUUGGAAUAGCCUACUUGCGUGAAAAAAAUGUAAGCACGGUCUUGGAUUGUUUGUCCCCGUCUAUGUGAAAGAUGAAAUGAAAGCACUCUUUCUUUUGAUUUUACAUGAAUAGUUUAGCACCCUGCCACCAAAUUUUUGCCA